UUAUCUGGAACAAUGAUGACACUGGGCAUUACGUGAAACUGAGUAAAAGUAUAAGCCUCCUCAUGUCCUAUAUAAGACUUGGAUCAGUAGCCGGAUUUCACUCGUUGGUCAGGAAGAACGAAAAGCAAAAAGAUGGCAAGCAAAAUUCCCAGCGGCAGCAAAAGGACCAGAGACCCCUCUACUCAGAGGGUAAAGGUCAAGUUUUUGAUCAAUAUACCUUUGAAGGUGGAUUCAGAGGUUGAGGCAAAGAAGAGGUGUGGUUAUCUCCUCGAUGCUUUAAUUGAUGGAUUUAGGGAAGAGGAUCGGAAAUUAAUAAAGGAUAAGAAUGGCAAAGUCGUUCUGGAAGACGUAGCUGUGAUUUUUGGCAUGAACGGAAAAUAUAACGCAAAUCUAGCUGAGGUCCUCAAGAAGCUCCAGACCUUCAGGUACAAUUGUAAAUAUGAUAUCAAGUAUUCUAUAAUCACGUACACCUGGGGAAGCGGUGGAACAAUAGCACCAAAUGCGACUAUGACACCGUACCAGGAUAUUCGAGAACAUCUGAAAAAGGACGCUGCUACAACAAAACUUGUGGAGGAGUUGAGGGGGGGCGAUCCAGCAUGUCUGGUUUACUUCAGUUUCGUUGAUAGCGACACAGUCAGAUUCAACUUCAUCUACAGUGAAUACUUACAAAUUGUGAGAGAGGAGCUGGACAAAGACUCCAUCCCGCCCACCGUGAUGUCAACUGGUUACGAGUUCGUCCACGACAGCAAGCAUCACAUUGGGAGUUGGCUGGACCGCUGGAUUCGUGUAGCCAUGGCAGAGGUCGAUCCUCUGCUUGUGUACUACCCAGAACCAAACUUCUGUGUUCUAGUGUGUGAUGGACUCAACACCCUACAGGAGAGCUUCAUCAAGCCACGUAGGAAGACGAACGAGUACAAGAUGGAGUCACCAGUUCUGAUCUCGCAGGUCAAAAAGCGUGCCCAUUUUAAAGCUGUGUUUCCCGACAGAAAUCCCAUCAUCAUCAUUGAUCCGGAGAGAUUCAGCCUUCGUGGCGAGGGCUUAAUUACCGGACAGUCAUGUCUGGAUGCGAGAAAAUUGGCAAUCUGUGCUUACUCUAAUGGGGUACUCACAAAUAAAGAAACAUAUAUAAAGGAGGAUCGCCCAAAUGAAACCAAACUGCUGAAAGGAGUAACUGGCUUAAACAGAGGGUUUAUCAUUGACUUACUUAACUCUAAAGAUGACAAGGAAUUUGAAAAGCUGAGUCAGAAAAAUCCAUACAGAAUGUACGAAGAAGAUGCAAAACCACUAGUCGAUGCUAUUAGAGAAGCAAGAGAAUUAAAAAAGUUUUUUUAUGAGUUUAAUGACAAGCUCCCUGAAUAGAUUUCAUUAAACUCAUCUGUUUCUUCCCCUCAUUCUGAUCGAAAAAUGAUUGUAUGCAAAUUACACAUAUAUAUCCAUAUGUUUAUAUACAGUACAGUCAUCUGAAUCUGGAACAGCUACAAUAAUUAUGGCCUGUUUUAUGUAAAUAAUGUGCGCAUGUUAUGGAAAUGAAGCUGAUUAUGAAGCUGAUCAAUUUGAUGCUGUAUAGCAUUUUAAUGAAUAGUUUGUAGCUGGUGUUGAAGCUUGAAUCGUAAAUAACAAAUAAAUGUGUACUUAUUAAAGUGGCAUCUAAUGCUAUCUGCUGAGUAAUUAAAAUAUGAGUGCAUUCUGAAUUAUAUUUACCCUUUUACAUUUAUUUCCCCAAAUGAUUUUAGUUGUUUGCUGUUGGCCAGAAAAGUGUUUAUUAAUAUUAAUUAGAUUUUGAUUUGUGCAUUGCUAUAAUCAAUAACCUAUAAAAUGACUAUAAAGGGAUUAUUUGUCAGUGUGUUAUUAUUUUAUUUUUUUUAAAUCGUAAUUUUUUAACAAAUCGGAAGCUUUAUUUGAUUCUGGACAAAUGUAUUAAAGAUGUAAAGAUGAAGAAAUAUAGCCUGGAUAUUAUGUGUGUCAUUUUUUGAGUGUUAGUUCUUAAUAGUGAGGUAGCCUAUUUAAAAAAACAAACAAACUAGAUACUUGAUUAAAAAUAUAAGAUGCCUUUCUGGCUUAAAACUAAUAUACAGUAACUGUGGACUGUAUGUGGGGGAACUUUCUACUUUAUUACUGAACACCACUGAUGUG